AUGAAUUUCCGAUUCUGGGGUCGCUUCAUUUUCUUCUUCUGCUUUUUACUCGGAGCCAUUGAUUCGAGAGGUGGACGUCGAGGAGGAAAAGGAAAAGGAAAGAGUAACCUGCAAUUUGCGCAAGUUGCCGAAUUUUCAUUGGUUCAAACGGUUCUUUCGGAUAAUAGAAGCGCUCAAAUCAUAACUGGCUCCCAUUUCAGUCAGACAUAUCGAUUGGGUUAUAAACUUCUGAUUAUUUGUAAAGCACGUGGAGACCCGAGGCCAACUAUAAAAUGGUACAAAGAGGGAGCAGAGAUUCAACCAAAAGCAAGUAUUCAUUAUUAUGAGAAACCAAUCGAAAAUGACACAAUUUGGAGUAAAUUAGAAGUUGACCCGGCUACAAUGGGAGAUCAAGGAGUAUAUGCGUGCGUUGCUAAUAAUCCACAUGGAGUUAUGGCUAAAAAUUUCAAAGCAGAAUACACUUAUUGA